UUUUGGCACCAUCUCCCCCCCCAGCUGCCUGCAACCGACACUGCGACGCCACCUCUCACGUCGAGCCGUAUUGGGGUGGGGGGGACGUCUGAAACAGAGGCUCCCCUUUUAAUAAUAUGACACCCCCAUUCUGUGCUUCCACCCCCAGCCUUCCCUGGCCCCAUCAUUCCUCCGUCCCUGGAGGAACCUGGGGGGGGGCGGCUUCUCAACCCUUUCCAUGUGAGGUUUCCAUUGCUCCAUCUGGAUCUUGAUUUUCUUCCCCCCCCCUUUCCCAUCUGGCAAAUUGAUCUUCCCUCCAGGGGAAAAGCGUUCACCUUUGCAUCUUUUAAAUUCUUUAAAUCCUGAUGUCUCCCUUCCCUGAUAUGAGGAGGAUCUCCCCCCCCACACCCAAAAACCUGGUAGACAAACGGAUAGCAAUAUUUAAUUGUCUUUCCUCCCACCCCCGUGUUUUGCGGGGAGCCGGGCUGGUCCAUUGCUUCCCCUCCUUUCUGACUGUAUGAAGAGGGCUUUCCCCCCACCCACACACCGAGAGAGCUCGCUUCUAUGCAAGCUCCCUGCUGAUACAGGCUCAAUUCUGUCGCCACCUGAGGUCUCUCGUCCUCUGCCAUCUCCAUUAUUCUAUUCCUUUCCCUUCUUCAUAUUCCAUUUCAUCCCAGCUGGCAUUUCCAUCCUCUCUCGUUCCUGGAUCUCAACUUGCUUGCUUCCCUCAUCCCAUCCUCCACCCCCAGCUAUGUUUCACCCAAUUCCCACCUGAUCUCUCCAUUUGGAAUCUACCUCUAUUAAAUUGCUUCUGGCUGGACUCUCUCUCUGUCUCUCUUCCCCCCCUCCUUUGCUUUCCCCCCCCUCCUCUUCCACCAUACCCCACCCUUUUCCUAGCAGAUUUUAGCAUUUCUUCUUCAUUUUGCUCUCCAUCCUCUGGCUCAUGUUUCCAGUGGGUAUUUUUUUUUUCUAUUCAAACCAUUGUGAAUUUCCUACAUGGGGUUGUCUUUCCUUCCCAAUGCGAUCCGUGGAAUUCCCAGCUGAGAUUGCUCCCGAUCUAUGCGCUCGCUUAAGGCUUGGGUGUGUCUGUUAUCUUAUCUGGCUUUUCUAGAAGCGGGCACCCCUUCUUCUUUUCCUCUGCCGGUUCAAGAAUAAACACACGGUUGUGUCCUACACUUUGUACAAUGACGUCUACGACAGCUCUGCUGCCUCUCCUCCCUCUUUUGAAAAGGCUGUCCAGUCCCGCUGGACCCUUAGGUUUCUUCUGAACUUCAGCCCAAUGAGCUCACCUGGGCCGCUAGUGAAGAGGAGACCAACAGGCGCAGGACGCCGCCUGUUGCUACAAACGCCUGGAGCCUGAGGAUUCCAGAUCCUGCAUUCACCUGUGGCCUGUCACCUCUGGGACCAUCCAAUCAAGGGAAGCCGAGGAGCCUUGGGGCAUCCACCCACCAAUGCCAGCAGCUACGGCGCUUUCUGGAUUAGUUCCUCUUGGGACUUAACCAGUACAGUAUCACUGUUUGUGAUUCCCUAGGCUGUCUCCUGCCUAUAUGACAGCUGGGAGUUGUUCUGCAAUUCAAGACCACCAGGUGCCUGUAAACCUGAAGGCCUUCCUGGCCUUCCUCUGCCUGUAAUAAAUAAACAAGAAGACACUUGUCCCGCUCCGUCGAACCAGCAAUCCCAGCUGUGGGACCACCGUACGCAACGCGAACCAGCCGAACGAAGGGCUGUUGCUACAAAUGGCAUAAUCUGUUAACAAAGGACCAGUAGGAACUCUAGAAUGUUUGGUGCUAGCCAAAGAAAACCCAACUUUCAUCUUGGUUUAGGGCCCUCACGUGAUGUUUAUCAAAGAUCAACUUAAAACGCCCGUUGCUUCGCUGCACAGAAACAGUUCAGACUGUGCUGUGGAUCAGUAGCCAGACAUUGUUGGCACUUAGUAGGGAACAGAAAAUCUCGGUUUCCUCGUAACUCCUAUAAACCAGAGAUUUAAAGAAGUGGGAAGUUCUGUUUUCUCCUGGAAUUGCUGAUGCUCCGCAGAGUUCUUCGCAGAUAAUCUGAGACCUCUGAACACUGCAGUGCUUGUAAUAUGUGGAGUGUAAACUUUUGUGUAGACGUAACUUCACUGCAUGCACAUAACCAUUGGGUAUUGGCUUUGUCCCACAUUUAAUUUCUGCCUGGUUUGAGUGGAAGCUUGCGGAUCCUGUAAGCCAAGGCGAUUCUCUCUGCUUGUGGUUCCUUACAUGCCUGAAACUGUAAAACUGCAGGCGCUGGUGAAGCUGUAUUGGUAGCCCUUCAGCGGUGGCUAGAGACCUCGUAGCUCACUGCCUGAUGCCCGGCUGUGAGGAAGAACGUGUGGAAAGGUGGUCCGCAAAAGGCAGCGCCGUGUAGAAGGCACCCCAAAGAGGGGACGUGGAAAUGCGUGCAGGGACUUGUGGGUAACUGGAGCCCGAUUGGCCGGGGAGAAAAGUUACAUGAAUGUCCAACGGAGGCAGAUUCGAGUUUGACGAUGGUGGCUGCUAUGUGGGUGACUGGGAGGAGGGCCGGGCGCAUGGCUACGGCGUAUGCACGGGCCCCGGCGCCCAGGGGGAGUAUAGUGGGCGCUGGAGCCGUGGCUUUGAGUCUCUGGGCGUCUACACCUGGCCCAGUGGGAAUACCUACCAAGGUCACUGGAGUCAAGGCAAACGCAACGGACUGGGUGUGGAACGCAAGAGCAAGUGGACUUACAAAGGAGAAUGGAGCCACGGGCUGAAGGGGCGCUCGGGGGUCUGGGAAAGUCAUUCCGGCGUCACCUACGAGGGAAUGUGGCGUGAAGGUCUGCAGGAUGGAUACGGCAUGGAGACAUAUGCUGAUGGAGGGACCUACCAGGGCCAGUGGCAAUCUGGUAAGCGUCAUGGAUAUGGAGUGCGCCAGAGUGUCCCUUAUCGGCAGGCAGCCUUGGUGCGCUCUCCGCGCCGGACCUCCCUGGAAUCCCUCCACAGCGAGAUUGAUCCCAAUGUCCCUGCUCCCCCUCUCCCUCCUCCCUCUGUGGCCCCACCACCCCUCCCUGGGGACAGCCCAGCCUCUGGAUCCAGGGGUGGUUUUGUCUUGGCCUUCCCCGGUGACCCUGACUUCCCCAAGGGAGCCAAAAAGAAAUCAGGGGGCUUCUUUCGGCGUUCGCUACUCCUGAGUGGACUACGGGUGAGGAGGGCUGAAUCGAAGUCCUCCCUGGGGAGUAAGCGGGGGUCCCUUAAGAGCGAGGCAGGGGUCAGUUCAGCUGGAAGCGAGGCCACCACGCUCAGCUAUGCCGAAACAGAACCCCCGGAGUUGCCUUCCACCUUGACCAUCGAAGGAUCUUCCACCGAGGUCUACGCUGGAGAGUGGCGGGCCGACCGUCGCAGUGGCUAUGGGGUGAGCCGCCGUUCCAACGGGCUGCGGUACGAGGGAGAGUGGCUCGGCAAUCGACGCCACGGCUACGGUCGCACCACCUACCCCGAUGGCUCCAAGGAAGAAGGGAAAUACAAACUCAACCGUUUGGUGAGUGGCAAGGUGAAGAACUUGAUUCCUCUUCGACGGAGCAAGGUCAAAGAGAAAGUUGACCGGGCCGUGGAAGUGGCCAGGAGAGCGGUCAGUAUGGCACGCCAAAAGCAAGAGUUGGCCAUCACCAGGGCUGCGGAUGCUCGCCUGAAGGCCUCUGCGGCGCUCAGUGCAGCUGAGAAAGCCUUGGAAGCGGCCCGGCUGGCCAAAAUGCUGGCCCAAGAACUUCAGCCCAUCCUAGCCGAGCCAGAGCCACGCGAUCGGUUGGAUUCAGAAGGUACCGACACCGACUUCCAGGAGUACGACAGCCCGCAGGUCUACGAGAACGGCAUCACCCCGUCCGACGUCACCCCGGACCCAAGCCUCCCGCCGAGUUACCCUCCGACGCCCUUGCAGCCCUGGCGGGGGGACCCUCAGCGGACUUGGCCCCCCUUGGAGAACGGAGGCCCUCGCCAGUUCCUCCCGGAGGCCUCUGACCCCGAGGAUGAGUGGGGCUGUCGGGGCACUUUUCCCACUCGAACACCGGGGUUCGCCCCCGAGGGGCUGUGGGAGGGGGAGCAGGAGCACCUCGGCAGCUACGAAGCCGAGGAAGAAGACUACGAGGGGGUCCCCCGACACCCCCAGCUGGCCAGUCUGGCCAGCGGCAGCUCUGGCAGUCUCCGGGAGGAGGAAGAGGAGGAAGAGGAAGGAGAGGAGGAAGAGACCGCUUCCAGGCCUUAUCCCGGGGGGACCCCGGGGGAACCAGCAUCCGUGGGAGUCCCGGGGCCUCCUGAACUGGAGACCAAGUUGCUGCCUGUCUGCCCCGUGGCCUUCCUGGUGGAAAGAGAGGAGAACCAUGGAGCAGCUCUUUGGAGAAGGGAGAGACAGGGAGCCCACCCCUUGGUUGUUGCUGCCGUUCUGUUGGUGGAUGUGAGUCUGGCGUACCUGUUCUCCCUUCUCCUCACCUGAGACGGGUGGGGGCAGGAGGCCCUCACUUCUGACCCUAUUUCUUCCUCAUCCUGCCCUCUCUCCCCAGCGGGGAUGGUUUGGUAACAGACUCUCUUCUCCCCCUUUAUUACCCCCUGCCUUUCUUCCUGUCCCCACCUUUUCUCUUUUUUCACAUAGCUUUUACCCACCCACCUCCCUUGCAGCCUCCAAACCGUCCCCCACCCUUAAAAAAAAAUACCACCCUUUCUAGAUUGUUUACAUACGAAGGGCUCUCUUUCUACUGGAGAUUUCUCUGUUUUUUUUUUCUUGCUGUCUCUCCAAAACUACCACAAUGACUUCCCCUCUCUCCUUCACCUUUCCUGAUCUGUUCAUUCCACUGACAUCCCCACUUUCUUAUUAAUCACCAUUCAACACCCCCCCCCCGGUGGGCCUUUUGGAAAUUUAGCUUGGGAAAAGAAUCAUCCCACGACUGGACCGAGGUUUAUAGGGAAGAGUUUUCUCCUGGUGUAUUUUUUUCUAAACGUCCUUUGGGGGGGCCACGGAUGACGGUAGGAAAGGCGGAGCGCUCUGCCCACCAUAAAGUUGCGCCAUGAAUCAUCAUCAUCGCUUCCCCUCCCCCCCUUAAGCCCUGUUUUUCUCUCCCUCUGAACCUCCAGAGGAUGAUGGGGUGGGGAGAAACACAGCUAGCCUACCAAGCUUUCUCGCCUAACCAUUCCAGGAUUUCUGUUAUUUCCCUCUCCUGCCUCCCGAAAUGCUCCCCAAAGUUCGGAAUUAUCCGAAAGGAGGCAAUCUGUUUCAAAAGAAUGUCAAAUUUCUAUAGAAUUACCUCCCCUGUUUUCUAUGAGUCUGAUGGUGCUGUGGAGCAGGAGGAGAGAGAAGGGUUGCAGGCCCCAACCAGGGGUGCCUUUUUGAGAGUGGGGAGCCUUUGACGGGAAGAUUUAUGUCUUAUCUGUGUCUCUCUCUCUCUCUCUUUCUCUCUCUCUUUUUUCCAAACUCAUACUCUUCUCUUUCUUUCUCUUUUCUGUGCCCCCUCCUUUCCCGGAGGGAACCAGAACCUUCUUUUCAAACAAAAAAAAACAAAACAAAAGAAGAAAGGAGAAAAAAAACAACAGUUAACUUUUUAUUUAUGCUUUUAUAAACAUUUUUCUCGCAGCGUUUGAAUAAUUAAAAAAAAUACUAUAAAUAUUA